AUGCACGGAGCCGCCCGCGCUCCGGCCACCAGCGUGAGUGCCGAUUGCUGCAUCCCGGCCGGCCUGCGCCUCGGGCCCGUGCCCGGAACCUUCAAGCUGGGCAAGUACCUGUCAGACCGCAGGGAACCCGGGCCCAAGAAAAAGGUGCGCAUGGUGAGAGGGGAGCUGGUGGACGAGUCGGGGGGCUCCCCCCUGGAGUGGAUAGGGUUAAUCCGGGCAGCCAGGAACCCCCAGGAACAGACUCUGGAAGCUAUUGCAGACUUACCCGGAGGACAGAUCUUCUACCGAGCGCUGCGAGAUGUCCAGCCAGGGGAGGAGCUGACCGUGUGGUAUUCCAACUCCUUGGCACAGUGGUUUGACAUCCCCACAAUUGCAACUCCGACGCACGACGAAAAAGGGGAGGAGCGCUACAUUUGCUGGUACUGCUGGAGGACAUUUAGAUACCCCAACAGCCUUAAGGCGCACCUACGCUUCCACUGCGUCCUGAGCAGCAGCGGAGGCCGCGCCUACCUGCACCACCAGCACGCGGCUCGCCAAGGCGCUGCCCCGGCCGCGGAUGGCCUUUGUCUCUCCCCCAAAACCCCGGCGCCAGACUUCGCCGCGGCCGCCCCGCCGGGCACUCUGCGGCCCCACCCGCAGGCCCCACCAGCCCUCCAGGCUUGCGGAGCGCGGGAGAGCAUCAAGCGUGAGGCCUCCUCCGUGCCCUCGGCCACCUCUCCGCCCCUGGCCAAGUGGGGGCCGUCCAAGAAGGGCAAGGAGCAGUCGGACCGUGCCCUGGAUAUGAGUGGAACCACCCGGGGACACGGCCACUUCCUCGGCAUCAUGGGCGGUUCCCCAGCGGGGGGCGGCGGCCUGGCUUUCUACCCUGGUGUGCGCUCGGCUUUCAAACCCGCUGGUUUGGCCAGGGCAGCUACAGCCGCGCACGGCGACCCCUACCGGGAGGAGGGCGGAGGCAAACCGGGGGCUGGCCUGGCCUUAAGCAGGCUGUUGGGUGGGGGCCGGGCGGGCGCACGCCCGGGAAGCGCGGAGAACCCGGCGGCGGGCGGAGCGGGCCACCACCAUCACCAUCACGGGCACCACCACCACCACCACCCCAAGUGCCUGCUCGCCGGGGACCCGCCGCCACCGCCGCCUCCUGGCCUGCCCUGCUCGGGGUCUCUGCGUGGCUUCCCUUUACUCCCCGGGCCCCCGGAAGAGGCGUCCGCUUUCAAGCACGUGGAGCGCGCCCCGCCCGCCGCCGUCGCGCUGCCGGGAGCGCGUUACGCACAGCUGCCCCCGGCAACCGGGCUUCCCCUAGAGCGCUGCGCGCUACCAGCUCUGGACGCGGGCGGCCUCAAAGGCUACCCAGGCGGCGAGUGCAGCCACUUGCCCGCCGUCAUGCCGGCCUUUACAGUCUACAACGGGGAGCUACUAUAUGGCUCACCGGCCGCCGCCGCUUAUUACCCCCUCAAACUGCACUUUGGUGGGCUGCUCAAGUAUCCGGAAUCCCUCUCCUAUUUCAGCGGGCCCGCGGCGGCUGCGGCGGCGGCCGCUCUAAGUCCGGCCGAGCUGGGGUCCUUGGCUAGCAUCGACAGAGAGAUCGCCAUGCACACGCAGCAGUUGUCGGAGAUGGCCGCCGGGAAAGGCCGCAACCGCCUGGACGAGGGGACGCUGCCCCCGGCCGUCGUGGCGGCGGGUGGCACUGGGGGUAGCGGCAGCGGGGGUGGCGGCGCGGGCAAGCCCAAGACGGGCCACCUGUGCCUCUACUGCGGCAAGCUGUACUCGCGCAAGUACGGACUCAAGAUCCACAUGCGAACGCACACGGGUUACAAGCCUCUCAAGUGCAAAGUGUGCCUGCGGCCCUUCGGCGACCCCAGCAAUCUCAACAAGCACAUCCGGCUGCAUGCUGAGGGCAAUACGCCCUACCGCUGCGAGUUCUGCGGUAAGGUGCUGGUGCGUCGCCGGGACCUGGAACGCCACGUUAAGUCCCGCCACCCCGGCCAGAACCUGCUCGCCAAGGCGGCCGACGACCCGGGCACGGAGCCUGACUACCCUCCGGAGCCGGGGGAGCCCAAGAGUGACAAUGACAGCGAUGUGGACGUCUGCUUCACCGACGACCAGAGCGAACCUGAGGCCGGAGGCGGUGGCGAGCGCGACUCAUAA